UGGGGAUAUUUCUAUCUCCUCCCCCAGCAGCACAGGGGCAGGGGAUGGGGGCUGCAGUCAGUCCAACGCUUCUUCCUCCAAGGUGAGGGGAAGCACUUCUGCGUUCAUCCCCCUGCUCCACAUGGUAUCCCUCUCACAGGAGACAGUCCUCCACAAACUCUCCGCCGUGAGUCCUCCCCCGGAGAUGCUCCGGCCUGGGUCACCUCCAUGUGUUGCAGUCCUCCCAGCAACGAACAACAACAGCAAGGGCUUCUUCUUCCCACAGAGUCCCGGAGGUCCUCCACAGGCUGGAGGUGAAUCUCUGCUCCUCCAGUGGCCUUCAUGGGUGGCAGUGGGGUGGCCCUGCCAUCUCACCACGGGAUACAGGGGGAUUCUCUACUCCAGUGCACCUCCCUGCUUCCUCCUCCUCCUUUCCACUGACCUCAGUGUUCACUCUGAUUUGCAGAGACUCUACAACUCGGAGAGUUAUACAGCAGAUGCUGCUCUGCUGUUUACUGGUGUCUCCGGAGGAAAGCUGGAUGCUGCCAGCAGAUGUGGUCAGGAUGGUUUCCCUGAGCUGCACUGUUACAAGCAGUGUGGGCUUGGGCUGCUGUACAGCAACCCCCUGCUUCAAGCCUGUGCCACCUGCAGAGAUGCCAGUGCUGUGGGGCCACAUGGAGAAGGCUCAUCCAUCAUGCCUAGAGUAGCCAUCCCAAGAGCACGUUGCUGCAGAAGGAGCUCAUCCCUUGUGCUGCUUUGAAAGAGCCUGAAGGGCUUUACCAUGUCAGUCUGGCUGCAGGCGGCCGUCACAGGCUACCUGUUGCUGGUCUUGCAGGGGUCCUCCGCAGUGGUGGAAAUCACAGAAAGAAGAAUUGCAGCUGAAGGAUCCUCUGUACUGAUGCAUGCACCAGAUAUCAAGAACGUAAACUUCACUGAGUGGGAAUACAUAAGAAACACCACCCCUGAAUUCAUCCUGCAGUACUAUGCAGAUCACCAGGCUCUAACCAUCUACUCAGCUUACCAAGGCAGAGUUAUUUUCUAUCCAGAGAAUGGGUCAAUCCUCCUGCAGAGUUUGCGAGAGACAGACAGUGGCAUCUAUAAAGCAACAGUUGAUCUGAUGCAAGAUAAAGCUAGGACAACGCUCCUUGAAGUUAUAAAGCCUGUGCCCCAGCCUGAGCUCCAGUGCAGUUCAAACCUGGCAGGUUCGCUCAUUGAGCUGGUCUGCGUGGUGCCAGAGGGAACGGUGGCUUCCAUUUCCUGGAAGAAGGAGAGACUUCCCCUUUCCCCUGAAAAGUGCUACCUGCUCCCUGAAAACAUCACCAUGCUGCGGAUAAGGAACGGAGAUAAGUCGGACUGCGGAUCCUACUCCUGCAACGUCAGCAAUGUGAUAAGCUGGAAGGAGGCAGCUCUGAACCUGACAGUGACAGGUCUCACACCUCCUCUAUACCACGCGCAGAGGCUGGCCGGUGUCGCACUGAUGUUUGUCGCCGUCUCCGCCACCAGCUUCAUGAUCCUGUUCUGUCAGCUGAGGGAUCACAGGUUCGGAAAGGAGGAAUGGAAACAUAUGAUUCUGUUCACCUAUGUAUUGCUGUGUAUCUCCUCUCUCCUCCUGCUUGCCACAUCCAUCAUCUGGAUGUGGGAAAAAGGUGUUUCUGUUGACUUCAUCUUCCUUGGGCUCUUCUUCUUUACUUCAGUAAUACAAACUGCUUGGAGAGCAGCAGCAGUAGCGUGGAGACCAGUAGCUCUCAGCUGCUUCAAAAUCAAAAUGUGGUGCGGUGUCAUAUGGAACUCUACAGCCCCCACAACGCUGAUCGUGAAUUUUUUGUUCACCAUCAUCUUGCUCUGCAAUAUCCAGCAGCUCCAUGAGCGAGGCUGCUCAGAGGGUGUUGAUCUAAUCAGCACAUGUGUCUUCGCUGCUGUAGCAGCCUUUAUAACGCUGCCGCUCCUCCUCCUGUGGUGUUACAGGAAUAAGCGGAAGGAGAUGAAAAACCAGCACGCCACCCAGAACAUACAAGUCAUGGCCACCUCGGUGAUGGAAGAAAUCCAAGGACCAAGACAGGAAGAUGAGUAAGUGGUGGUCCCUUUGCCAGCCAGGAAGCUGCGCUCACACACCAGGGGUAACUGGGGAAGAGCUCCCAGCAGCUGUGAAGCAGCUGUCAGCCAAAGCAAGGCAUCCAUAAGCUCUGCCUCUAGCCUAGCACUAGUGAGGCAAUGUUUUUGGCCAAAAUGUUGCCACGUGAGUCUCCAAGCAAUAGCUCCAGGUGACAAAUAAUACUCUCUCCACCCCACUUGCCCUGCCCUCUAUUCAUAAAACCCAGGCUAAAAGAAAAUAAGAGCCAUUGCUCUUGCUAAUGGUGGUCAUCACCCAAGCAGGGGCAGCUCUUCCAUAAGCCUAAAAUCGUAUCAGACUCCAAGCUGAAGGUUAGCCAUCCUCACUAAUACUGUCACACCACAUGCCUUCUUUUUUAGUAUGUUAAUUAGUCAACAGAAAAACCCCACCAACCCAAAAUGACAUGUAAAUCUCAAUCAAGGGAAAAAGCUGAUGCUCUGGAGGAAUUUGAUUGGAAUUUUCAAGGAAUUUGAUUGAGUUGUCUUAACCAGAAUGUAUUCCUGCUAUUAAUAAGUGUAAACAACUGCAGAAGAGCAGAUUGACUCCCAGCUUUAGCUGCUGGCCCAGUCAAUAUUUGUUCCAGUUUAAAAGAGACACACCAUGCUGUCAAAGCACUGCCAAGAGUGCUGCUGCCAGAGCUGCCCUGCCCAUGCUUUUGCUUCCAAAGCUUCAAGCUGACCCUAGUUUGUUUUCAGCAGAGUUCUGUUGGACUCUUCCCACGCGCAGAUUUCAGUGUCACCACACAGAUGUGGUGCUGCUUUCUGUGCUGGUUCCUCUUGCCUUUAUAAGUCCCUUUUUAAGGUGCAGUGAGUCAGGCUGGUGGUUCUCGGCUGGCAGCACUGUGGUCAUACCUGCCCCUCUAGCUUGCCCUCCCUCAAUUUUACAAGGCAUCACCUUCCUCAGAGAAGUCAGCCCAAGUCCUUGAAAGUCUGUCCUGCGCCUGCUCCUGUCCUUCCUCGUCUGCUGCCAGCUCCUCUGGGCGCACAUUUGACCCCACUCUCCCAACUUUGGAAAGGAUGCCUUGCCUUUGGGAAGGAUGACCAGGAAAGACAUCCUGUACCAUUGGGGUGGGAUUUUUUCUAAAUAUAUUUCAAAACAUUCCUGAAAUAGAUUGGCCUGAGCUGAUUUCCCUUCCACAUGACCCUUAACCAGCCUUGCAUUCAUGCCAUGGCCUUCAGCAGUUUCCUUUGCAGGUUGUAACACUUUAAGUGAAGCUGGAGUAAGUUCUACCAAGGUCCUUUUUUUUUUUGUCCCUCUUGGACAGGAUGUCAGCUCUAAAACAUGUUCAUCCAUAAAAGAAAGCAAAGGAAAAAAAUACCUUAUGGUACUUUUUUCUUCGUUUUGUUAUGGCUGCUCUAAUAAAUAUAUUUCACCUGGAUACUUCGGUGUGUAUCCCCAUU